UUGAAAGAGUCGAAGCAGCCGUCGUGGGGUCACCAAAUAAAUUAUGUCAAACGGACCACAGUGGCCGAAAGCCGAACGCAAACCCGUUGAUUUCGAGGGCUCCUCGAGGUGUAUUGCAUUGCGGGCGAACUUUUAAAACGGUUAUAUAAUAUGUCCGAGUAGCAUCGGAGCCUUGUGCGUGGGUGCAGUGAACGUGUCUACACCUGUGCACGAUAUUUAACAGAGUUAUGCUGACGCCGCCGCACCAGUUGGGCAGAAGAUAGCGUGGAAAUGGGGAUGAAGCGUUGCGCGGUUGAAAGCGGAGUGCAGGUCGAUGCGGUGAGCGGAAAAUCCUAUUGAAGUAGAAAAACAAAAAAAAAAAAAAAAAAAAUAUACCUUAAAAGACAAAGAAAAAAAACAAUGAUGACCGCCAUGGCUAGACUUCCGUGCAAGCAAACCUUGCCGUCGCAGCAAUCGGGUGUCAAUAGCUUUGGCACCAGGGGAUACUGGGACACGCAGGUCAUGCAGCCGACACAAACAGCCCAAACGAAUCAGCAACCCCAGCUGGCGACAACGCUCUACGUCAGAAGUAACCGUCACCAGGGUGAUUACGCGGGAAAGAGGAAAAGCGCUGUAGAGCUGCUUCAAGAAUCCAAGGCGUUUUACGUGAAGAGCGAAACGGUUUUGGAUAGGAAACAGGAGCUGAAAAACAGCGGUCACCUUCAAGUUUCACAGUUAACCGCGCCCGGGGCACCACCGCGACUUUUGCGGAAGUGUAGCAACGCCGGAACCUGUACCAUUCAACCGACUUCUCCACAACUUCCAACACCACUGACACCCCCGUGCUGUUGGUCUAAUUGUCACGACCAGGAUAGACCUGACGGAUUAUUGAGCCCACAAAGAUCGCUGCCACCGCCCACGUUGCCGCCGAAAAGUCCUCGACUAGUCCCAGUCCCUCAAAGACGCACAAUAUCCGGUCCUCCCAGUGGCAACGGAAGUGACCAGUUGCAAACGAAGCUUAGAAGGCUUCUAAACACUGACAGCAAAGAGAAUGUUUUCUUUCCCGAUACGGCACCACCUUCGUCGCCACUGGCUCAAGCUGCGAGGGAAGACAAGUUCAGAUAUUCACCUGGAGGUCCGGGGUCCGUCAGCUGUAGAGAAGAUGACCGCAACUUGCAUGGGGCACCACUCGAUAUUUGCUUCAAAUUUGGUAGAAGCAAUUCUCACUCCCAUUCGGCCGGAAGGUCUGGAAAGAAAUCAAGCAAUUCGUUGCCUGCUGAAACAACCGUGUGUCACAAGUCACUUCCUGAUCUUCACUGUACCAGUACGAGAAGUCGUGCAUCUCUAUCUCCACAUUCGCCAUCAAAGUCAUCCUCUAAACCAUCAGCACCCGGGCAACAACAAACGAUUAAUAACUGCCCAGAUUGUGAAACUAGCUCAGAUUAUUCGGAGCAUAGCUUCAAACGAGAUGCCAGCUGCUACCAAAGUUCUAGGCAUAUUAAACGGUCUUUGGGCUCAGGAGGUGCAGAUGCAAGUAGCGUGUUGUCAUCUGGUGGUCGAACCCAGAAAUCUUCAGGAUCAAGCAAAUUGAGUCAUGGAGCAACGGCAAGAGAUUCUGGUGGCUCUUCCGGUCACUGUACGCAUCGCAGCGAGCCUCCACCUAGAAUUCAAGACUGCUGGAGUCAUAUUCGUAGAGACAGUGGAGCUUCGACACAACAUUCCACAGAGAAAGAUAGAUCAAGAAAAAGUAGUUAUGGAAGUUGCACGCCGCAAUCUAUGGUGAGACCAUAUACACCAGAUUCGGAAAGCAGUAAUAGUCAAACAGACUUAAGCCCAACACGAAACUCAAGGUUUUCAGAUACUUGGAAAGAAGAAAGGGGCAGACCAAUAUUGCGAUCGAAGUCAGAUAUCAGCGACCGCUACUGGCGACACGAUAACAUUCGUUCAAAUAAAUCAACACAUCCAACCCGUUCAGUUGCACAGCUUGAAAUUUUUUUCGACCGCCUUGGUCUAGAUUCAGACAAUUAUCAUCGAAUUACCGAACCAGAUUCAAAGUCCUCUUCCCCAGUUUUCUUUGAUAGCGUUAGUUCCGUCGAUUCUGCACUGGGAAUGUACUCAUGGGCUGGUAACAAUCAAACAAAUCAGUGGCAAAAUAACAAUUGCAGCAUUGGAAGAGGAGGAAAUGAUGAUUGCAAUCAGAAGCCAAGUGAUCCACCGAGCAUAGUGGAACGUAAUGCCAGGAUCAUUAAAUGGCUUUGCCAAUGUCGGAAAGUGCAAUUUGGUUACAGUUAAACCGGUUGACAGCCAAUACAUUUUU